CUUAACCAGCUGAUAGAGCUGAAUUCCCAGUUAAGUUUGCUUAACCAGCUGAUAGAGCUGAAUUCCCUGUUAAGUUUGCUUAACCAGCUGAUAGAGCUGAAUUCCCUGUUAAUUGUAAACAAAAUGAAUUUAUCUACAGUUGUAAACAAAAUGAAUUUAUCUACAGCUGUAAACAAAAUGAAUUUAUCUACAGUUGUAAACAAAAUGAAUUUAUCUACAGUUGUAAACAAAAUGAAUUUAUCUACAGUUGUAAACAAAAUGAAUUUAUCUACAGUUGUAAACAAAAUGAAUUUAUCUACAGCUGUAAACAAAAAGAAUUUAUCUACAGUUGUAAACAAAAUGAAUCUAUCUACAGUUGUAAACAAAAUGAAUUUAUCUACAGUUGUAAACAAAAUGAAUUUAUCUACAGUUGUAAACAAAAUGAAUUUAUCUACAGUUGUAAACAAAAUGAAUUUAUCUACAGUUGUAAACAAAAUGAAUUUAUCUACAGUUGUAAACAAAAUGAAUUUAUCUACAGUUGUAAACAAAAUGAAUUUAUCUACAGUUGUAAACAAAAUGAAUUUAUCUACAGUUGUAAACAAAAUGAAUUUAUCUACAGUUGUAAACAAAAUGAAU